AUGGAAUUUACUUCCGUACUUCUCUUCCUCAUUGGGCCCAAACCUCCACAUAGCCUUAUCUGGGGUCAUCUGAAACUGUUUAACGAUACUAUCAAGCUAUUUCCUCCGAACACCGCACUCUCUGUGUUCUACACGACAAUUGCACAGAAGUAUGAGCUCCGUGGCAUCUUCUAUCUGGAUUUAUGGCCAUUCAGCCAUUCACAGAUGGUGUUGAUUGCCCCCGAUGCUGCAGAUCUGGUCACUGUUAGAAGAAAUUACCCGCUACACGAUGUAGUUUCCCAAUUUGUCGGUCCGCUGCUGGGCGAAAAGGCUAUAGGAGGAGCCGACGGGGAAACCUGGAAAAUGCUACAUCGCAUGAUUGCCCCAGGGUUCCGGCCCUCGUCUGUCAAGGCAAUGAUGUCGAUUAUUGCUGAUCAGACAAUGGAGACUUUCUAUCCGGCCCUGAAAUCCUAUGCAUCAAGUGGGGAAGUCUUUUCAAUGGAGAACGCAGCUGGAGAGCUUAUAUUCAGUAUCAACAUUAAACUGAUCCUGGGUACAUCCAUUUCCAAGCAGAAAAUCAGUGAGCUGCUUCAUGACAUCAAUAGGAUCCUGGGUUAUGCGCAAUUAAUAUCACUCACCAGCAGUACGAACCCAGUGAAAAAAUGGACCACAUGGUGGAGGAAGAGGCAAGCGGCACAACGCAUAGAUGAUUUCUUACGCUCAUUUAUUGCGCAACAUCAUUUGGCCGGCUACGAUAGAACUUUAGACAGCCCUGACGCUCAGGGAAGGAUGACCAUCUUGGAUUCAAUGAUUUUUGAGGGCCGACGGAUGGGGAUAGAUUCUCAAAGCUCAGGCAAACUGAGCCCAGCCUUUAGGGACAUAGUCGUUGACAAUGUCAAGGGUCUUCUCUUUGGUGGCUACGGAACAACGACUGACACACUUUGCUUUGUAUUUAUCAUGCUGUCUUUACAUCCCCAUGUGAUGGUAAAGCUUCGAAAUGAGCACAGCGAAGUUUUCGGCGCGAGUCUAGCCAGUACGCAGGAGAUACUCCGACGCACACCACAGAAAACGAGCGAGCUAUUAUAUACGACUGCCGUGAUCAAGGAAACCCUUCGACUAUUUCCUGUCGGGUUCGGAGCUCGGAAAGCAAUGCCCGGAAUCGAUGCACUCCAGUACAAUGGAAAAUUGUAUCCAACAUCCAACCACCUCAUCAUACCCUGCACGCAUACUAUUCACUACGAUCCUGAGGUAUUCACGCAACCCUCGCGUUUCGAUCCUGAGAGGUUUAUGGAACCAAAUAAGGUGCCUCGAGAGGCGUGGCGCCCCUUUGAACGCGGUGCUCGGUCAUGUAUUGGUCGUGAUCUAGCGAUGGAGAAGCUUCGGACUGUGCUCCUACUCACAGUCCGGAACUUUGACCUGGAGUGUGCAUCUGUUGAGCCACGAAAGACCCCCACGGCUCCGUUCACCGAUUUAGAUUUGCAGUUGGGCAACCUGGCGUUCCAGGAGAUGGCACUGUCAGCCAAACCGCGGGGAGGAACGAUGAUGAAAGUGACUUCUCGCUAG